AGCCGCUACACAGCGGUCGCCAUUAUUCUUCCUGGCUUGACGUUAGGGAGAAAGACGGUUAAAUACUUUUUAACAUUAUAUUUCCUGGUAAACUGCAACACUGUCAUCCUAUUGCGGCGUAGUCGGUUGAUUAACUCAUAAAUUAGCGACACAUCCUGAGCAAAGAAUGGGGAAACGGUCUGAUACUACAGGUGUUGGAGGCGCCCUUCCCCUUGCCUCCCUUCGCUUACUGGCCUCCCCUCUGCAGCUGACAUAUUCGUACAUAUGGCAAAUCAUACGGCAGCGAAACGUGAAGCAGUAUGGGAAAGUGGAGGAGUUUGUGACCAUGGUGACGCAAACGGUUCCUGAGCUCAUGAGUUUCAAGCAGACUGCCCAGCUCAUCCUGGGGUUGAGAGCAAGGAUCAUUUUGGAAUUGCUUCACAAGGAGGGGCCACCAGAUUCUCGAGCAAUUCAGACUCUCAUAAACAAGUUGAAGGUCUCUGCAUCUUCAGGGAAGGACUCAGAAGUGGAGAAAUCUCAAACAAACUUCAUGGUGCUGGUCCAGAAUCUGCUUAAAAACCCUACUGAAAGGAAGCGCUUCUUCCAGGAGGUGUUCCCUGUUCAGUACGGUACAAAGUUUGACACAGCGCUGCAGGCUCUGACUGCAGGUCUGGUGUGCAAGCUUGAGCAGCUUCUUCCUGUUCCCAAUCUGUCCCAGCUCGGUGCCAUGAUCUCAACCGAGCCCACUGUCCUGGAGGCGUGUGGAGGCUUUAUCCCCGACCCCGGGGACCUGAAGACGCUUCUCCUACACCAGCAGGCCAAAGGACUGCUUGGUGUUAAAGCUACCAUCUCGUCAUCAGUGGGCGACUGCGUACUCUCUUCACUCGCCUUCCGGCCCAAACUAGUAGAACCACCACCACCACCACCACCACCACCAGAACCACCAAAACGAUUAGAGGACACCGUCAUCGAAAGAAGCCCAGCCUCCCUCAGUGACACUGAAGACUUAGGAGUGAUGUCAGAUGACUCCGACAGCCCAGCGAACCCUGCUGCUAGACAACAGCGAAGAGGGCGAUGCAGUGAUAAAAUGGGUGAUGGCGGUGCUGCAAAAGAAACGAGUGUCACAACAACAGCUCAGAGGGAAAAUGUGGUGCAGGAGAAGAGUUCCACACAGGAACAGUCUGCUACGACUCUACAAAGCAGAGGAGAAGAUGAAGCACCAGAAAUACUUGAGAAACCAGAAGCACAGCAACUGCCCUUGAAAUCAAUCCCUUUCAGGGUAGUUCAAGUGCCGAUCAAACCUACCUCCACCUUACCGAAUGCAGGCAGUGCAGCAACUAAAGAUGGCCAAAAGCCCCACACUCAACGAGUCACAUUGCAUCAGUGGGUGUCACAGAUUGCCACUAACUCGCUCUCACUCCCAGCCUUGCCACCUCUUCCUCCGGCCAGUCUCAGUGCAGGAGACGACACGAAGCCAAGCAUGAGAAGAAAAAAGCAAAUUAGGCCUCCAGCCGACAGAUUUACUUGCAGUGUGUGCGAUAAGAGCUUCCCUUAUCAGUCCAAGCUAAUGGACCAUGAGCGCAUUCAUACAGGAGAAAAGCCUUUCAUGUGCACAGCAUGCAACAAAAGUUUCCGAACACAGGCGUUCCUCAACAACCACCUGAAGACCCACAGCACGACGCGUCCUUAUGCCUGUGGACAAUGCGGCAAGUGUUUCACCAAACUGCAGAGCUUGACAAAACACAUGCUCGCCCACAGCGGCCAAAAGCCCUUCUACUGCAACAUCUGCAACAAGGGCUUCACGCAGUCCACCUACUUCAAAAGACACAUGGAGUGCCACACGAGCCAGAUGACUUUCCCCUGCAAGCACUGCAACAAAAGCUUCCCAACGGCUUUCAAGCUGUCAAACCACGAGCGCUGGCACACCAGAGAUCGUCCUCACAUGUGUGAGCGUUGUGGGAAGAGAUUCCUCGUCCCCAGCUUGCUGAAGAGACACAUGGGCUACCACAUUGGUGAUCGCCAGUAUCUCUGCUCUCAGUGCGGAAAGACCUUCGUCUAUUUGUCUGACCUGAAGAGGCACCAGCAAGACCACGUGCCCAAAGCUAAGAUCCCGUGCCCGGUCUGCCAAAAGAAGUUCUCCAGUAAGUACUGCCUGAGGGUUCACCUGAGGAUCCACACCAGAGAGAGACCCUACCGAUGCUCCAUAUGUGACAAGAGCUUCACUCAGGUCGGGAAUCUGAAGGUUCACAUCAGGUUACACACCAACGAGCGACCCUUCAGCUGCGACGUGUGCGGGAAAACCUACAAGCUUGCAUCCCAUCUGAACGUCCACAAAAGGACUCAUACGUGCAAGAAGCCCUGGACGUGUGACACGUGCGGGAAGGGAUUCUCUGUCCCCGGCCUUCUGAAGAAGCACGAGCAGAUACAUACGAGGGACGCUAAUCCUGACUUCUCAGGUAAACGGAGGCACAGGGGUAAGCAUAAGAAGCACUCCAUCAAGAGGAAAUAUGAUGAGGAAGACGAGGGCAGUGAUGAUUAUUAAUCAAAGAAACAUAUUUUGUAUUAAAUAGCUCUGAUCAGGGCUGAUGCUGAUCACUGAAGCAAUGAAAAUAGGCUUGUCCAGAAGGCCACCACAUAAGUGAACCCUUGAACCAUGUAAUUUUCAAAGUUUGACUUGUUUCCUUGUGGUGGUGAUCACCAUCAACAUGAUGGUUUGGGUAGUGAAAACACAUGUUGAAUGAUGUAAUGAUAAUUUUUUUUCUGAUCAUUGAAUUUAAAGACUACCAAUCCCAGUUAUAAUGGGUAUUAGCCGGCUCCAAAUCAUCCAGCUGGAGCAUCUCUACUAAUAAAGUCCAUCGUUUUACUAUGCUGUUCGUCAUAUAAUUAGGUGAUCUGACAAAAUUAGUUAAGGUAGUGUUAAGCUAUCACAUUUUGAGAACAGUAAGAAGGCAACAGAGCAUUUUGAUAAUUUUUUUGGUAUAUUGUGGAGUUGUUAAUUGUUGAUAAUCAUUUUCUUUACAAUGAGUGAUGGGUUUUGAAAGUUGAAGCAAAAAAAUUUUCCAAACGUCAUGCUUUUAAAGAGGCUACCUUAGUAUAGCAAACAUUUAAGACAUUGACAUCAUGUAAACAAAAGUAUUUCAAUGCAUGUGACUGUAGAUGAUUUGUCUGCUGUGUAAUAAAAUGUUGUAUUGUCACUAGGAAACAUUUAACUUUGUUACGGUAUCCUUGUGGAUAUUGUAGUGAUUCAAAACUACUUUCACCACACGCUUUUAUAUGUAACCCUGAAGUGUACACAUUACAACUCUGCUUUUGUUUUAGAUUGAAAAUAGGCUGGUUUAUGUUUGUUAGGAUUUCACUUUUUUUCCAGCAGUAGAUGCAGUUUUAUUGCUCUAUCUGUGUUGAAUUAACACAAGAAAACAUUGAGAAUUUCAAUUUAGGUUGAGCAAAAGAAUCAUUUAACCAUAUGCAAUUGUGUGAUGAGAUUGUGCUGUGAAUCUUAUCUUUCCUUUACUUAUCCUAUUGUAAGCAGCCUUGUAUAUAAACUACAAAGUAAUGUACCUGUUCUCAGUAUUUUUUGUUUUUGAUGUUCUACAGAAAAAAUAAAUAC